UUGAAAAUUUGAGACGUCUUUUAUUUUUUUCCCCACAAAGAAAGAACCCUAACGUCGCUUAUUAGGUUAACCAGCCGUGAACCGUGCCCCAACUCCUCCUUUCCCAAUCCGGAUUCGCCGGCGGCCUCGCUCCCUAGAAAAAGGCAGUCAUUUCUGCGGCGAUCGACAAAAGCAGAAGAAAAAUGCAUCUCACGCUCGAAUUCGGCGGCGGCCUUGAGCUGCUCUGCCAAUCCAUCAAGAUCCACACCGUGGACGUCAAUCCAAAACCCGGAGAGGAAAAGUUAUUGAUGCGUGACCUCUUGUCCUGGGUCAAGUCGAAUCUGAUUAAGGAGCGGCCUGAGAUGUUCGUGAAAGGGGACUCGGUGAGACCUGGAGUGUUGGUUCUCAUAAACGAUUGCGACUGGGAACUUUGUGGUGGCAUUGACACUGCGCUGGAAGAGAAGGACGUCGUGGUGUUCAUUUCUACCUUGCAUGGUGGUUGAGCAUCAAGCCUGCAGGUAGACAAAUCUUUAAAUCGAUUCUGUAUGAACACAAUGUUCUUUGUAACGCUCUCUAAUAUCUGCAGUCGAGUGAGGUUUUUCUGGUUCAA